CUCGUUCACAAUAACAGUCACCUUGAGACUUCCGAGAAUUAACACAAUUUUCCGCUUGAUCCUGAAUGUUUGGCUGCUCUCCUUUGUGCGGAACAGACGGAGGAUGCUGUAAUGAGUGUCGGAUGCGAGAAGUUGUUUGACCUGUAGUCCGAGUUUCCUUUCAGCCGUUCUCUGCGACUCACCUGCCUCAUCUUCACCGACCUGAAAGUCCAGUUUCGCUGUGGGAGCCCAGCAGUGCACAUGGCUCAGGAGGAGAAUAAGCGUCUGGUGGUGGUGGUCCCUAAUGAGAUGAAUAUUCCAUCACGCCGUGCCUUCACAAGUGAAGAUGAGGCAUGGAAAUCUUACCUGGAGAAUCCCCUGACUGCUGCCACCAAGGCCAUGAUGAGCAUCAAUGGAGAUGAAGACAGCGUGGCUGCCCUUGGACUCCUUUAUGAUUACUAUAAGGUUCCUAAAGAGAAGAGGCUCUUACCAGUACCCAAACUUCCAGAAGAUCAUGAAAAGAGCCGGAUCGGUCAAGAUGGCCUCGAGUCGGCAGAAAAUCGAAUCCAGGUCCUGAAGUCACUUCCUGUCAACCUGUCGUUGAAUACUGACGUGCACAGUGCAGAAAAUAAACCAGACCUGUUCGGUCCAGUGGCAGUUGAGGAUGGUGUCGUGGCCACUGUGAAAGCUGAGGUUUACGCUCAGGCCUUCUCCAACCAUCACCAGCCGCAGGGGGUCCAGUAUCAGCGCAUGACCUACCAUCAGCCUUUACCAGAUCCAGCGGGCAUCAGCCACGACGGAUACAUGAAGGACGAACAGUGCAGUACGCCAGACAGCACCUUUGAGGACUCCUACCCAGAGGAGACUAUGAAGUACAGGGUGCCCACCACACUAGGGGCAGAAGAUUUCUCCCAGGAGCAUUCAGGGAUAGACAUGUUUCAGUACAGUAUAGAAGCGAGUCGUUCGGCCCGUGAGAAGGCCGGCGAGGGGCCCAUGAUCUACCUGAACAAGGGCCAGUUCUACGGCAUCACUCUCAGUGAGACCGGGGCCAACAAGGGCCUUCGACAUCCCAUCAGUAAAGUGCGGAGUGUAGUGAUGGUGGUGUUCGGACAGGAGAAAUGUCGAGAUGAGCAGCUAAAGCACUGGAACUAUUGGCACUCCCGUCAGCACACGGCCAAACAGAGAGUCCUUGACAUAGCUGACUACAAAGAGAGCUUCAGCACCAUUGGCAACAUUGAAGAAAUCGCUUACAAUGCUGUGUCCUUCACCUGGGACGUCAACGAGGAGGCAAAGGUUUUCAUUACGGUGAACUGUCUGAGCACCGACUUCUCCUCACAGAAGGGAGUCAAAGGUCUUCCUCUUAUGAUCCAGAUUGACACGUACAGUUACAACAACAGGAGCAACAGACCCAUUCACAGAGCCUACUCCCAGAUCAAGGUCUUCUGUGACAAGGGAGCAGAACGAAAAAUUCGUGACGAGGAGAAAAAGCAGCUUCGGAAAAAGGUCAAAGGUCAAGCCGUUGGCCACCAGGGUCACGACGGUAAGAGAGGAAGCUUCUCCACUUUAGCUCAAAAGAGGCCAGAUAUUACGCUCUUUAAAACCAUAACAGACCUGGAGUCCCAGCCUGUCCUGUUCAUACCCGACGUCCAUUUGAACAACCUCCAGAGAGCGGGUCAGGUGUUCAGUUUUGGUGUUGAAGAAAUGGAGAGUGAUGGUGUGGCCAUGAAAAGACCGUUCCGGUCAUCAGAAGAAGACGUUUCUCCACCCGCCAAACACAGCAGGGAUGAAAGAAGAGUCCUGCUGUACGUAAGAAGAGAAACCGAUGAGGUCUUUGACGCCCUGAUGCUAAGGUCCCCAACACUGAAAAGUCUGCUUGAGGCAAUAUCAGGCAAAUAUUCUGUUCCUGUGGAGAAAAUGACUAAAAUCUAUAAGAGAAGCAAGAAAGGUAUCCUGGUCAACAUGGACGACAACAUCAUUGCGCACUACUGCAACGAGGACACCUUCAUCCUUUCCAUCGACAAUCAAGUGGACUGUUUUCGGGUGACCCUUACUGAAAUUUAAACGCCACCGCCACAAUAAGGCGCGCAUCUAAUGGGAGGACAUUUGUUAUCCUGAGGCGGCACGCGAUUCAUGCUGUGCAUCUGUUUUGGUUCUUACGAGCUGCGUGUUAGAAGAGGAAGCGCUUCAGUGGACCCGCUUGUACAGUUUAACUCGUUCAAAUAUACUUCAUGACGGAUGGUCUGAACAACACAUAAAAUGCUCUUCCAAAGCACUAUAAUAUGCCAGUCAAGUUUUACGGCUUUUUUUUUUCCCUUUGAUGUGCUAUAUCUCCCCCUUGAGGCCAACGCCGCGAAGCCUAGCAGAUUUUCGCAUGCAUUCAGUCCUUUGCUAUAAUAUUCGAACAUAGGAGAUCUAUAUAGAUACUCUUAUACUAUGAAGACAUUGUAUUUUAAUAUGCUCAGCGUAUAGCAUACACUGACGGACGGCGCUAAUGCUACACUGUAUUUGUUAUGUAUCUUGUGUGUUACAUGAAUGUAUAGUUUACACGUUUUCCUCAUUGUGUUCUGUUUUGAUGUCUUUACAAAAAAUUAACAUACCGUGUAAAUAUUUUUUUAUGGUUUUAUUUUAUCAGUUGAAUAAACAAAGUCCAAGGAA